CAGUGCUCUUUUGGGAUCAAUCGACGUCAUUUUUAUCAGUCCUUAACAUCCGUGCAACGCCUUUAAGGUUCCGCUUUGCUGUAUUCAUCUGCGUUUGCGAUAAACAAUGAUAUCAUACUUCAUAUGACUACAACUCACCUCCCGCGGUAUGAUCGGAAUGCGUGACGCGCGGCCUACACGUGAACCUGUUCUCAAGCGUGAAACAGCUGAUACUGAAACUUAUUAUAAAGAUACACGCGACAGCUCGCUCUCGAGUCCUGUUAACAAACUUUAACAGCGUGAUAAAAGAUGUUUUACUGUUCUGCGCUUUAGAUGUAUAAAGGCACCUCCACUAUGGCAAAUUCCCUUAAGUUAAAUGCGCCUCCAAUAGUGAUACUGACAGCAGAGGAGGACGACAGAACAGAAGGCGCUAAAGAGAUGGAUGACACUUUGGAGGAGUCUGCAGAGGAUGAUGAAGAGAGGAAGGCAAGGGCUGCUGCAGAGGAGGCAGCUGCCAAAGAGAGGGCAACUCAGAGACAACUAAUGUCCAUAGAGGAGCUGGUGUACACCGAACGAAACUAUCUGAAAAAUCUGCAGCUCUGUACGGUCACCAUCCACAGCAACCUGCGGAAACUACAGCCUUCUCCACCAAACCUGGACAGUAUGUUCCAGCACAUAGAUGAGGUGAUGGAUGUUUCCAGCAGAUUUCUAAGUCUCGUAGACCAGUCACACAUUCAGCACAGUGACCCAAAAUACCUCGAAACAAUCUGCAAUUCUUUCCUGAGCCUGUCUCGAGACAUAGAGAUGGCUUAUAAAGAGUAUCUGGCCAACUACAAUAACGUCACUGCUUUGGAGAACAGCUACAAACAGAAAGAGACCAUGUGGACAGAGAUGGCUAAAAUCAUUAAGUCAUCUGCUCCUGAAGUGAACGCAUCCACUCUUAGCUUCUUUCUGGUGACGCCGGUUCAGAGGAUCGCUCGCUACCCUCUGUUGUUUCAGACUAUGCAAAAAGAAACAGACCCCCAACAUCCUGCUUACUCCAUCCUGGAGGACACAGCGCACGCUGCGGUCCAGAUCAACUGCAGGAUCAAUGAAUAUAAACGCUUCCGUGAAGUGGCUGAUAAGUAUAAGAAGACCGAAAACUUGACCAUAAAGGACAAGAUCAAUCGACUGAGCAGCCACAGCAUUGCCAAAAAGACAGCUCGCCUCAGCCAGUUCAUAAAGAACGAGACAGGAAUGGUUCCAAAGCUGAUAGAUGAAGAAUUCGAUUCCCUUGCCGGCUUCUUUUUUUUGCUGGAGAGGGGUGUCUCAGACCUCCAUAAUAACAUGGUGGCCUAUCUUCACCAUCUACAGAGGUUCCUCAGCUGCAGACCGGAUGAAGCAGAUCUUGAUCUGGAGGGCGAGAAAGCCGCCCUGUUCUCUAAAGAAAUCACGGUGGCACUCAGACAGUGGAUAUACCCUGCAUAUGAGGAGCGGUUGAAGACACUAGUCUUUAAGCCCUUGAGCUCGCUGCGGGAGCUGAUGGCGGGACCUCGCAACCUCAUUCGCAAGCGACAAGACAAGCUGCUGGACUAUGGGCCUAUUGAAGAGAAGAGCCACCUGAGCUUUGAGGAGCAGGCCAUAGCCAGCACAUACAAGACCAUCAACACACUGCUGUUAAAUGAACUUCCUCAGUUCAAUGGGAAAGCUCUGCAUAUCCUAUGGGCCACGUUGGAGGCCUUCAGCUGCCUCCAGAGGGACCUGGCCACUGAUAUGGAGCAGCUAGCUACCAGCUUCAUCCAUCAGCUCCCACACAGUAAAUUGGAGGAUGGUGAGUUUUGGAAGUGGGCAGAGAGUUUGGUGCUGGAGGGUUCGAGAAAGAUGGAGAGUCUGUGUCAGAAUGUUCAGGAGACGCUCAAUGCUCCCAUUGUGCAGGCUCUCAGUCCUGUUUCUGAACGCCGUCUGAAGACUUUGACCCUAACGCACGGCUCACAGAAGAUCUACCAGCUGACAGGCCCUGUAGUGAGCAUUCGUGAUCUGGACCUGACCCUCAGCAAAGGAGAGCUGGUUGCUGUCGUCAGUGAGAUGGACACACGUGGAGACCGACGACGAUGGCUGGUUGAUGCAGGAGGCCCAAGGGGAUAUGUGCCCGCAUCAAAGCUGACUCGAUACCAUCAAAUGACUGUUGACCCACCAUCUCCUCAUAUGAAAAUCACACCCACAGGUCCAGGGCCCAGAAGACACUCUUACACACCAGGAGCCCAGCCAUUCCCAAUCACCCCGACCUCACCCUGUUUUCAGGUGUAUGCCGUCUACGACUUCACGGCAAGGAGCGCCCAUGAGCUUUCUUUGAGGGGUGGAGAACCGGUGCGGGUGGUCGAACCUCACGAUAAGCGUGGCAACAAGGAGUGGAGUCUGGUGGAGGCGCGAGGCCAGAGGGGCUACGUGCCCUCCAACUACCUCAACAUCCUGCCCUCUAUAAUCGCCUCGCCCACCUUCCCUUAUCGCUAAUGUCGGAAAAUACCCCAAAUACCUGCUGGGCUGCUGAUACAGCCCGUUAUCCGGCAUCCAAACAAACACAGGCCAGCACUGAAGGGCUCUUUAUACAUGAGGGGGCAGUUUGGUGCUUAAUACGACUGCUGUUUGAAAUGGAGUGGUGCUUGGGCACUGCUAUGGAGUACUUGAUCUUUGCUUUUCUUGGAGCUGGACAGACAUGGCACAUGGAUGGUGUUAAAGGGACGUGCAGUUACCUGUGAUUAACAGAUGCUCUUUAAUGGAUUUCUCGGAUACACAUUUCGGCUGUAAAGUGGAAAGUACAGCUACUCAGGGGAUGCUGUUAACAAGAUGGAUGCCAAAACCUGGAUCCUAUUUAACUGCUUAACUGCAACAAAUGAGGUUUUCCUAUUAAAUGUGGAUCUUGGUUUGAGUCGCACUCUGAGACUGCUCUGGAUCCCAGUCGGUAUUUUAUGUUCAGUGCUUUUAAUUAUACGUUUUAAUCUUGAAUGUCAAUUGUAAAGUGGCCCCAAACAGUACGACUAUAUGAAUGUCACUGCAUUUAUGUAUUGAACUAUUAAACCAAUUUAGUUUUAAGAAAGCAAGCAAUAUAUUUUACAAAAGGGUUUUAAAUAUAAAACAGUAGAUUUACUUUUUAACAUAUUACAUUAAUGCAUUUGGCAGACACUAUUAUCCAUAGUGCGUUCACACUAGAUGCGGAAGAGGCGGCAAAAACGCGCUAUUUGUGUGUAGAUGGACGCUUGAACAUUUUGAGUUUACUCGCUUCAUUUGUGCAUGAAAUUCUAGUCAUUCGAGACAUUCACGUUGAAAUUCACAUCAUGGGAGGGCCUUCUGCGACUGCCAGCCGGUCGACUCCAGUCGCAUUGCAAAAUGGUGGACAUGGAUGUUGUCAAGAGGGCAGUUGCUGUUUAUUUGAUUUGGAAAGCUGGAAAAUGGCGUGGACUUGUUCGGUGCGGUGUCUGGGUCCAUCAGAUCCUGAGGCACACCCUGUUUGAUGAGUUUCACCAGCUCCUCCAGGAGCUCCGCCUCCGCUCGCUUCCUGUAAUCACGUCACUGCUAGAGCAAGCUCCUGAUUGGUUAAUGAGACGCGGAAAUCCACCAGAAUCCGUAGGAUGACUAUUCGCGUCUUUGCAUUGACUUAACAUGUAAACAACGCGCGCUUGCCGCCUCUUCCACGUCUGGUGUGAAUGCACAGUUACAGACACAUGUCAUCAGUAUGUGUAUUCCCUGGGAUCGAACCCAUGACCUUUAGCUUUGCUAACAUAAUGCUCUACCACCAACCUAUACAGGAACACAUAUUAACAUACAAAUAAAGAAAACUUUGCCUAUUAAUUUGCACAUUUUUUUAAUGUCAUUUUGGAGCACCAUUGACUUCUAUAGUAGUAUUAAUCCUACUAUGGAAGUAAAUGGUGCUUCUCUUUCCUGCUUCAUUACACAUCUUCCUUUUGUGUUCAGCAGAACAAAAAAAAUUUAUACUGGCAAAUUAUGACAUUUUUAUACAGUUUUAAUCGUGGCGUGCUUUUUGGGGUUGCUGUGCAUUGGCAAAGUAAUGAUGUUGAACUGCUGUUAUUUAUUGCCUGCAUGCAGAUACACUUUUGGUUACUGCUUUGUUCUCGUGUUGGUGACCUCAUAACCUCUUUUAUGAAGAACCUGACCUAAAUUUACAGAUUCGUGAUUGCAAAUGUGGUUGCUGCAGUAUCUGUUAUUGUGAAGUCUGCCUGCAGUAUCAUCUUCUGUCCACUAGAGGCACCAGAGUAUCUUUUGUGAACCUUUCCAGCGUUACCUUAUUCAGUGUUGUGCUAAUCCCUUCAAACAGUCAUAUAUUAUUCAUCUGAUCCUCACAAUCGCCUUAACAGGAAUCCAAUGGGAAACAGUUCACCUCAGUUGCCUGCUGUUCUUCUGGUGAUACUCCCCUUGCAUAUGGCAUCUUUUGUAUAUUUCACUUAUUUAUUUGUAUUUAUUUAUACACUAACUCGUAAAUUGUUGGUUCAUGCUUGAAUUAAACCUCCAGACCUGCUGAAUUCAUCUCGUAUCAUCUCAUCUGUUUUGAGUCACAGUGUCAAAAAUGUGCAGAAGCUUUUUGUCGGAAGUCUUACACCUGACCUCUGAGUGCUCCAUUUAUAUGCAGCAGAU